GCCGGAAGUUCCGGCGGAGCAGGGCGGAAGUAGGUACGUGGCUGCUUCAGCUGACAUUCUGCACGAUGGCGACAGAGGUUCAGAGCGGCGACCUCAACAGUGCAAAUUCAAGCCGGCUCGAAGUUUCUAUCGACGGUUUGACUUUAAGCCCGGAUUCCGAGGGCGAGCAGGAACAGGCCGAGACGCCCGCCGCCUGUCCGGCGGACCAGAGCGCUGACAACCCCCUGAGUGUCGAUGGGGAGGAGGGCGAACCUGCCAACAGCGGUACAAUCGAGAAGAAAUGGGGCUUUGAUUUAGUCGAGCUCUACGGGCUGGCGCUCAGGUUCUUUAAAGAGAAAGAUGGGAAAGCCUUCCACCCAACCUAUGAGGAUAAACUUCGUCUGGUAGCCCUCCACAAGCAGGUGUUGCAGGGACCUUACAACCCUGAUGCUUCCCCUGAGGUGGGCUUCUUCGAUGUGCUGGGAAAUGACCGCAGAAGAGAAUGGGCAUCUUUGGGCAACAUGGAGAAGGACGAGGCCAUGCUUGAGUUUGUAAAGCUGUUGAAUAAAUGUUGCAAUUUAUUUGCACCUUUCGUCGCCUCACACAAGAUUGAAAAGGAGGAGCAAGAGAGAAAGAGGCGGGAGGAAGAGGAGCGGCGGCGCAGAGAGGAAGAAGAGCGUGAGCGACUGCGGCAAGAGGAGGAGAGACGCAGGCGUGAGGAAGAGGAGAGGCUGAGGAGAGAAGAAGAAGAAAGAAGACAAGUUGAGGAGGAACGACUCCGUGUAGAGCAGCAGAAGCAGCAGAUAAUGGCUGCGCUCAAUGCGCAGACAGCGGUGCAGUUCCAGCAGUAUGCAGCGCAGCAGUACCCCGACAGUCCCGAACAGCAGCUCAUCCUCAUCCGGCAGCUGCAGGAGCAGCACUAUCAGCAGUACAUGCAGCAGCUGUAUCAGGUGCAGCUCGCUCAGCAGCAGGCUGCCUUGCAGAAACAGCAGGAGGAUGCUAUAGUGCUGUCGACAUUAGAGGCCAGUGAGGUGUCAGCGCCUUCUUCUGGAGAGGAGGCUCCCACGCUGAACGGACAGGCAGACUCCACUGCUGACAGCUUAGAGCGAGAGCCAGACCUGGAGCCUGCAGACGAGGUCACUGAGAAUGGACCCACCGACUCUCCCCCUGUAAUAGCAGCCCCUUCCAUGUGGACCCGGCCACAGAUAAAAGACUUUAAAGAGAAGAUCCGCCAGGAUGUGGACUCUGUGAUCACGGUGGGCCGGGGGGAAGUGGUGACCGUCCGGGUCCCCACCCACGAGGAGGGCUCCUAUCUCUUCUGGGAGUUUGCUACCGACUAUUAUGACAUUGGCUUUGGAGUCUUCUUUGAAUGGACUGACUCUACUAACGCAUCAGUCAGUGUGCACGUCAGCGAGUCUAGUGACGAAGAUGAGGAUGAAGAAGGUGAAGGGCAGUCUGAGGAGGAGAAAGCCAAGAAGGAGACUGGGAAACCACAGGUGGAUGAGAUAGUGCCGGUGUACCGGCGGGACUGUCAUGAGGAGGUGUACGCUGGGAGUCACCAGUAUCCCGGCCGUGGUAUAUACUUGCUCAAGUUUGACAACUCCUACUCGCUCUGGAGGUCUAAAACCGUCUACUACAGAGUAUAUUACACCAGAUAAGCCUGGAGUCAAGACUGUGGGACAGGAAAGUGUGUGUGUAUGUUAAGAGAUAGCUGGAAAGAAAGAUCAAAAUAAGGAAAUUUACGGGAUGUCUACUACUGGGGGGGGGGGGACAAAGAGAUUUAAAAUUGAGCGUGUGUACGUGUUUCGAUGUGUAUGCAAACUUUGAGUGUGUCUGUCAUGCUGUUUGAGUCCAGAAGGAACGGGCCAUGUACAUGGCACCUCUGUUUUGCACUCUUAAAGAUAUACUCUAGGAUUUUGUGCUUGAUAUCACUGUCCUCUAUACCCAGUGUGACUAAUUUCAGCCUCCAUCUUCUAAUUUUAUCCAAAGAGGUGCAGGAUAAAUGUGUGUAUCCUAAUUAAAAUGGCCUACAAACGUCAUGUUUAGAUAAUAAACAACGGAGCAAACACUAACACGCCUUUCUCUUGGAGUACUUCCUUAUUUAGGUCAACACUGAGUAAAUAAGCCAAUGGCGUGCAUCUGUACUCUUGUUUCUCCCCCUAUCAGCACACAGGACCGAAGUGCAUCGGCGAGUGCUAGAUAAAACGAACGGACAGGACUUUUCUAAAGAUGCAAAGGUGGAUCUGGAGGCCUUUACGAAAGGAGAUUUUGCAGCAUUUUCUAAACCGGAUGGAUUGUGUCUAAAACAUUUAAUAUUUAUUAAUCUCUGUGGUAGAGUAGGGUCAUGUAUGUGUCUGUAAGUCCUAUAACAUUUAUCUUUCCAUCAUUCGCUUCUCUGCUUCCACAGAGCCCCAGAUUUGUGUUCUUUUUUUGUUUGUUUUUCCCCCCUUUAUCAUCAAUGCGAGAUUCAUCAGUAUUGAAUUUUAAUGUGGCACAGCUAGUAGUUCUUGCCUUUCAUUUUGGUCAUUGCUUUGUUGUUUUAUGCAUGUAGUUACAGACAGCCAUGUCGAAACUUAAACCUUAAUGUAUAUUGAUUUAAAUUUCUACUUGUCACACUUAUACUUGGUUCUCUAUGACAGAAAAUAACAAGCAUCUCUCAUUGUCCUUUCUAUUAAUAAUGAAGUGUUUGUAUAGCUGACGAGACUUAACUAUCAAAAGCAGCAUUUUAGUUGCUGAUUAACAUUUUCUGUUAUUUAUUGGACUAUUCAGUGCGUUGAAGAUUAUUACAGUGAAGUUGCUGAGAAUUUUCACUGUUUUUUUUUUUUUUUUUUUUGCUUCAAAAAUAUCUGCUCUAGCCACUCUGGAUACGUCACUGACUGUAUUGCUGAGUGAAAUGUGUGGCGUUCAUGAUUGUAUGUGUAAUGCAGGUCACUGCUAUCCAACUGUGAUCAAACAUCAUCCAUAUAUACAGAUACAGAUGCUGUUACACUGUGUUCACAUGAUCGAGUGUUAAGAGCUGUGAUGAUUCCGUGUUCAUAGAGAACGUCAUGCUAAAUCUGUCCAAAGACUACAUUAAUGUCACAUGUACAGUCGAUUGGUUACAAAAGUUCCUGCGUUUAUUCUUUCCAUGUAUUUUUCUUUUUCACUUUUUUGUAAUGCUGACUUCAGGCCUUUGUAUAGUGAAAUGUAACAUUUGGGCAUGGUAUUCAAAGUACGGCUUUUGGGAAAAAGACAAUGAGCAAUAGGGUAAUAACUGAUCUGAAAAUUGUCUUCAUAUUUAAAGUGGAAACUCCAGAGAUUUUCUGACCAUAAAGGCACGGAGAAGUGUUUUUGUAUUGGUUCUGCUAGUGUGAUCUAAUCUGUAUGCAUUCGAGGAUGAGUGUCCUAAAGCGUAUCUUUGAUUAAACUUGUGUUCCUCUGUA